AUGGCGGAGCACACGUAUAAUGCCAUUGAAGACUAUGGCCUGAUUGGUGAUAUGCACACAUGUGCUUUGGUGAGCAAAGGUGGUAGCUUGGAUUACAUGUGCUGGCCGGUGUUCGAUUCUCCUUCGGUCUUUUGUCGUCUUCUGGAUGACAAGAAAGGAGGAUUCUGGUCCAUCGAGCCCCACAAGACGAUGGUCGACCCCCACAGCAAGCAACGAUAUCUGCCGUACUCGAAUCUAUUGGAAACCCGAUGGACCAACGAGGACGGUGUUGUGACGAUGCUGGACUAUUUCCCAGUGACACCUAAGAAAGGUGCUCAAUCGAGCCGAUUGCUGGGAGGUUACUGUCCAUGCAACGACCCUGGUGCCAACCGCUUCAAGUCGGGACUGCAGCAUUCGGGCGUGAUCAGGAAGCUGGAGUGCAGCCGUGGUUCAAUGGAACUGCACGUUAGACUGUUCCCUGCUUUCAACUAUGCCCGAGAUUCGCACAACACGCGUGCGAAACUGGAGAACGACAUGUCCGAGCAUCGACUGCAGACAAUACAUUUUGAAAGUCCGACGGAGCGGCUUCAACUCGAGAUCUUCGCAGAUUCUCGGGAGCCAGAUAAGAUCGGAUACCCAAAGGCUAAAUUGGCGUUGGAAGACCGACCAGGAAUGCAGGGCCGUGGGCUAGUAGCCUGGAUCCGCCUAUCUGAGGGACAGACUCUGCACUUUGUUCUGCAUAGCCCCGAGAAGGCGGUGCCCGGUUCCGCCAUGAUGGCUGCAUACCUGGGAAAGAUGGAGGAAGAAACUUCUGACUAUUGGACGGAUUGGACUCGCCAGUGUGCGUUUAGGGGUCACUACCGAGAGACAGUGGAGCGCAGCCUGUUGAUUCUGAAGCUGCUCACCUACAAGCCCACUGGUGCAAUUGUCGCUGCGCCCACCUUUUCACUUCCAGAAGACGUGGGUGGCUCCCGUAACUGGGAUUACCGCUAUUCCUGGGUGCGAGACACUGCUUUUACCCUGUACGUCUUUUUGAAGAUGGGUUACAGCUGCGAGGCGGAAUCCUACGUGAAUUUUAUUUUCGAACGGAUCUUUCCACAUGCGGCCCAAGAUAUUGAACCAGGGAGCAAACGACCUUUCCUUCCGCUUAUGUUUACUAUCCGAGGCGAGUACGAAAUCCCCGAGGUGGAGCUAGAUCACCUUGAUGGCUACAGGGGGAGCAAGCCAGUCCGCAUUGGCAACGCCGCUGUUUUCCACACUCAGUUGGACAUCUAUGGCGAGCUCUUGGACAGUAUCUAUCUGUACAACAAGCAUGGAAAUCCCAUCACCUACGACCAGUGGUCUUCCAUUCGACGCAUGGUGAAUUAUGUGGUUAGUGUACGGGGUCUGAAGGACAUGUCCAUUUGGGAGUCUCGUGGCCAGAUCCAAAACUUCAUCUACUCCAAGGUUAUGAUGUGGGUGGCACUGGACCGUGGCAUUCGUCUGGCAGAAAAACGAUCUAGUCUCCCCUGCCCUGAUCGAUUCAAAUGGAUUCAGGUUCGCGACGAGCUUUACGAUGAGAUCAUGACUCGAGGUUUCAAUACCGAGCGUCAGCACUUCUGCCAGAGCUACGAAAGCCCAGAUGUUCUUGAUGCUUCUAUCUUGAUCGCACCCUUAGUCUUCUUUGUGGCACCCAAUGACCCACGAUUCAUUAAUACCCUGAAGAGGAUUCUGCAGAACCCGUUGAAGGAUGGUCUCUCUAGCGCCAAGAUGGUGUUCCGAUACGACCAUGAGAAGGCAAAUGAUGGUGUGAGUGGAGGCGAAGGUGCGUUCAUGAUGGUUACGUUCUGGCUUGUUGAGGCCAUGGCCCGAGCUGCCAAAUACGAUGUUCCGAUUCCAAACAUUUGGAAGCUGGCGCUCUCCCACUUCGACAAUAUCCUGUCAUACUCCAACCACCUGGGAAUGUUCUCAGAGGAAGUGGCCAUUUCGGGCGAGCAAAUGGGCAAUACUCCUCAGGCAUUCAGUCACUUGGCAUGUAUCAGUGCCGCUAUCAAUCUGGAGAGAUUGGGUCGUGAUGAUUAA